AUGAAACCCUUUGCGGAUGGAGAGAUGAUAAAAGAAUGUCUGACUGCUGUUGCAGAAAUAGCAUUUCCUGAUAAAAUAAAUAUUAUUUCAAACAUUAGUUUAUCAAGAUUCACCAUUGCAAGGAGAAUUGAAGACUUGUCUGAGAACAUUGCAACAACGCUUCGUGAACGCAUUGCAAAAUUCGAAUACUGUUCUUUGGCACUUAAUGAGAGUUGCAAUAUUAGCGAUACAGCACAACUGGCUAUAUUUGUACGUGGUAUUGAUACCAAAUUUAAUAUUACCGAAGAAUUGUGUUCACUGAUUCCAAUGCAAGGGACUACAACCGGGAAAGACCUGUACGAUAAACUAAAGUCUGUGUUGGAAAAUUUUUCAAUUUCAUUAGAAAAGAUUAUUGGUAUAUCGACAGAUGGAGCACGAGCAAUGUCAAGCAUGGAGGUACAAGUAUCAAGAAGGUUAUUUCAAGACAUUAAAAAAGUCACAGGAAGGGAAAUAUUCGUUAACCACUGCAUAAUUCACCAGGAAAAUUUGUGUGCGAAAAGAUUGAGUUUGCCAAUUGUCACAGUACCAAUAAUUAUACUAAUCAAUUUUAUAAAGUCGCGCGCGUUAAAUCGCCGUGAAUUUAAAGAAUUCCUGAAAGAUUUAGAAACUGAAUAUGGCGACGUUGUUUUUAAUACCGAAGUACGUUGGCUUAGUACAGGUGGAAUGCUAAAAAGAGUAUACAACUUAAAAAGCGAAAUACAAUUGUUCUUGGAUAUGAAGGGAUACGCCUUUUCUCAUUUUGGUAAUAAAGAAUGGAUGCGCGAUUUUGGGUUUCUUAUCGACAUGACUCAGCAUCUCAAUGAUCUUAAUGUGGAACUUCAAGGCAAAGGACAGUUUAUUCACAAUUUGUAUGAUAAAAUUCAGGGCUUUGAGCGCAAAUUAAAAUUGUGGAAACAGCAUUUUUUUGCAGAAUAA